UACUAUUUAAUCUGUAUUAUUUUUAUUUAUGGAUAAUAAUUUAUUAUUUUUUUAAUCUUAUUUAUAUAUUUUAACUUCAUUUUAAUUUUAUUCAUAUAAUUUUUUUAUUUAUUAUUAUAUUUUUUUGAAAAAAACUCAAUUAUCUUUGAUGCAAAAAGAAAAAAAAAGAGAGUAGUAAUUAUUUUCUCUGUUCCAAACUUCAAUGCACAUCAUACAUAGCAUAAGUCAUAAACCCCGCAGCAAAAUACUCAACCAAAUAUAGAACCCCAAAAAAAAUUCACACUUUCCCAUUUGGAUUCCCAUUUCCCAAGUCCAGGCAGAAUCCAAGGCACAUACAAAAUCUCUUUUUUAAACCAAACAAGCUCUUAAAUUUUCCGAGAAACUGAAAGUUAAUACAGUGGGUCGAUAAGAUUAGAUGGGUGAAUAUUACAGAUCUAGGUCAUACGGAAAUGGAAGGAUGGAAAUGGAGAAUUAUUACAUAGAAAACGGAAAUGGGUGGGAAAAACCCACAAAUUUGGGUGCAUCAAAUGGGGUAAAUUUUCAAGAUUUAAGGUGUCAAAGUGCAUCAUAUUCAGGAACAGUACCAAAUCAACAGAUUCCAAAAGAACUGAAAAAGGGGAAAAGUGCAAAUGCAUCGAGUUCAUCAAAAGCUGGGUGGUGUUUUAGUGAUCCAGAAAUGCAAAGGAAGAAAAGGGUUGCUAGUUAUAAAGCUUAUAGUGUUGAAGGCAAAAUCAAGCGAUCUUUUUCUAAAAGCUUUAGAUGGAUUAAAGACAGAUGCUCCCACAUGGUUCAGGGUUGAUUUUCUCUUUUCUUCUCCUGUUUUUUAUUUUAUUUUAUUUAUUUAUUGCUGCUUAUAGUAAGUAUGAUUCAUGUUUAGAUUGUCUAUCUGAAAUGGAAAAGUGGGGAAGACAUAAAAAAGAAAGAAAUGUCAUAAAUUUGUGAUGUUUUUAGUUUGUGUGAUGGAAAUGUUGUGCAGGUUGCUUAA